AUGAUGGUCCGCUGCAGCUGGCUGGGCCGCACGCGGCCCUGCGGGAAGCUGUUCAAGCUGCGAAAGACGUGCGACGGCUACUGCUGCAUCUUCAACUACCGGCGCACGAGGGAUCACCUCGGGAAGGGAUCAUCGCGGAUACGAAAGGUACUACGUGUGAACGCCACGGGGCCUUACAUGGGUCUCACGGUGCUGGUCGACACCAUGACGCAUGAUUACGUAUACCCUCUCAUCGCCACCCGUGGCCUCAAGCUGCUACUGUUCAAGCCUGGCGACUUCGCGGACGCGUCGAGCGGUGGCCUGGUGGAGAAGCUGCUGGGACCGCGCCGUGAAUUCUUCAUCCGGCUGUCCGCACAGACCGUGGCCGCCACGAGCGAGGUGCGCUCCUUCAGCCCUCAGAAGCGCCGCUGCCUCUUCGAGGACGAGCUGCAGGAGCGCCUGGGCAUGGACUACUCGCAGAGCGACUGCCUCGUCAGCUGCCGCAUCAGGUCCAUCAUCACGCUGUGCCGCUGUCGGCCGUUCUACCUGCCGUACACAGAGAAGUGGGCAACGCCGCGGCCGCCAGAUGGCAUCCCGGGGCUGGAGCUGGAGCGCGAGGAGUCCAUCGAGUGCCCUGAGUGCCUGCCCUCGUGCAGCGACGUCCUCUACACCAUCAGGGCCAACUCCGCGCCCUUCGCCCCACCCAACGGGCUCGACACUUCACACCCACUCCUCGACGGCGUGGAACUUGGCAACCACAGCAUCGUCAACUUGUAUUUCGAACGCGCCGACUCCGUCCUUCUGCGUCAAGAUGUCCUCUACUACUGGUACGACCUACUGAGUAACUUCGGCGGCGUGUGCGGGCUGUUCGUGGGGGCGAGCCUGGUGAGCAGCGUGGAGCUGCUGUACUUCGCGACUGUCCGCCUGGGCCAGGCGCUGAUGGGCGGCCAGAGGGACGGCGCAGCUGAAGCGGCGCUGCAUCAGCCGCGGCCGCGUAGCGUCUUACCAGCCGACACCGCGAGAUGGCAGCAGGCGCGCCGGAGCGGCCGUGGACGCCUCUACUGGCGCGAGUUCAAACCGUCCUGACGCGUCGCUUAAUUGUUACAAUGCUUCCAAAACGCGCUUAAAAUCCCACCUACACAACACUGUUCUAGCUUCUCGCAGAAAUUACAGGUGCACCAUAAGUUUGUUAUUGCUGUCCUCAGUCCGAAGACUAGUUUGAUGCAACUCCCCACGCCCGUCUAUCUUGCACAGACCUCUUCAUUUCUGCGUAACUACCACAACUCACUUUCAUUUGAACUUGCUUAUUGUAAUCAAGUUUUGGUCUCCCUCCACGGUUUCUACACUCCUUCGUUUCU